CACCCGCCCGCUGUCCGGGGGCCGCUGUUGACCGCCGCGGACCUGCUCCUGCUCGCAGCCCGGGGACGGGUGUGCUCGAAGUGAACCCUGCGGUCCUGACCCCGCGGCCGCGGGCGAGGCAGGGCAGAGCGGAAGCAGAGCGGGCGAGGGCUGCGGUACUGAACAGGCCCGGAGCUAUGGCAGCCCCAGCGACGCCAGGAGCCCAGGCUCCACCCGCCCCAGUAGCGCCUGGUGACCUCUCGGGGGAAGGGAGCCGGGGACUUCCUGACGCCCCGUCAGAGCCCAAGCAGCUUCCGCAGCUGAUCCGCAUAAAGCGAGAUGGAGGCCGCCUGAGCGAGGCGGACAUCAGAGGCUUCGUGGACGCCGUGGUGAACGGGCGCGCGCAGGGCGCACAGAUAGGGGCCAUGCUCAUGGCCAUCCGACUUCAGGGCAUGGAUCUGGAGGAGACCUCGGCACUGACCCAGGCACUGGCUGAGUCUGGACAGCAGCUGGAGUGGCCAAAGGCCUGGCACCAGCAGCUGGUGGACAAACAUUCCACAGGGGGUGUGGGUGACAAGGUCAGCCUAGUCCUGGCACCUGCCCUGGCUGCAUGCGGCUGCAAGGUGCCCAUGAUCAGUGGACGUGGCCUGGCACACACGGGGGGCACCUUGGAUAAGCUGGAGUCUGUCCCUGGAUUCAACGUCAUCCAGAGCCCAGAGCAGAUGCAGGAGCUGCUGGAGCAAGUGGGCUGCUGUAUCGUGGGGCAGAGUAAGAAACUGGUUCCUGGGGAUGGAAUCCUGUAUGCAGCCAGAGAUGUGACAGCCACCGUGGACAGCCUGCCACUCAUCACAGCCUCCAUCCUCAGUAAGAAAGUCGUGGAGGGACUGUCCGCUCUGGUGGUGGACGUUAAGUUCGGAGAGGCUGCCAUCUUCCCCGACCAGGAGCAGGCCCGGGAGCUAGCGACAGUGCUGGUGGGCGUGGGCGUGGGCCUGGGGCUUCGGGUCGCCGCAGCCCUGACCGCCAUGGACAAGCCCCUGGGCCGCAACGUGGGCCACACCCUGGAGGUGGAGGAGGCGCUGCUGUGCAUGGACGGCGCCGGGCCGUCGGACCUCCGGGACCUGGUCACUAAGCUCGGGGGCGCCCUCCUCUGGCUCAGCGGACGGGCCGAGACGCAGGCCGAGGGCGCUGCGCGGGUGGCCGCGGCGCUGGAUGACGGCUCGGCCCGGGACCGCUUCGAGCAGAUGCUUGCGGGGCAGGGCGUGGACCCGGGCCUGGCCCGAGCGCUGUGCUCCGGGAGCCCCGCUCAGCGCCGGCAGCUGCUGCCCCGCGCCCAGGAGCAAGAGGAACUGCUUUCACCUGCGGACGGCACGGUGGAGCUGAUCCAUGCGAUGCCGCUGGCUCUCGUGCUGCACGAGCUCGGAGCUGGACGCAGCCGCGCGGGGGAUCCGCUCCGCCUGGGGGUGGGCGCCGAGCUGCUGGUCGACGUGGGCCAGAGGCUGAGCCGCGGGACGCCCUGGCUCCGCGUGCACCGGGACGGCCCCCCGCUCAGUGGCCCGCAGCGCCGGGCCCUGCAGGAGGCGCUCGUGCUCUCAGACCGUGCGCCCUUCGCCGCCCCCUCGCCCUACGCCGAGCUCAUCCUGCCGCCGACCGCCGCGCAGCAAUAAAGCCCUACAGCCGCAAA